CUAAAAGAUAUAAAUGGUAGGAAGGGACAUAACUUAUUUUAAAUAUUUGGGAUAAAGGAUAUGAAGAAAUGAAUCAAGUCUGGAACACAGUGAUCGACCACUUUUAGCAAACAUCCAAAAUAAAAACACAGACAGAGAGAACCUCAAACAACAAAGAAAGACGGAGGAAAAGGAGGAACAGUUACCGCCAACCAUGGCGGGUCUUCAGAGAUCCAACAUCUCCUUCCGCCGACAGGGCUCCUCUGGCAUAGUCUGGGACGACCGUCUCAUCGCCGAGCUUAACAAACAGGCCAACGAGCACAAAGCCGAAACUGACGAACAGGAAGGUCAGGAGGACCAGACAGCCAGACCCACCUCCGGAGGCGGAAUCGAGCCGAUAAGAACCGAAGGGGGCAUCGAGAGGAGUCGUUCCAACGGCGGAGGAGCAAACCGCCACCAUAGAAACACGGGAAGUGUGUCUCCGGCGGUGGAUCCUCCGUCGCCGAGACUGUCGGCGUUUGGAUGUUGCUCUGCUUUCGGGAAGAAACCGGUUAAACAGAGGAAAAGGCCACCGAAACGCAGAUCCAGGUAGGAAGUUAAUUACCAGAGGCAGAGGAUGAAAAGGGAGCAACGUCAAGUUAGAAGAAAAGAGCAUAAUAUACAUAUUACAUACUAGCAGUGUUAAUGAAUAUUCUCUAUCUUUUUAGUUUUUGUUUCUGCUUCUUCUUCUGCUUCUGCUUCUUUUAAUUUAAACUUGUUUUGGACUCGGACGAUGUUUAUAUCUACUUGGUUUCCUUCAGAUUCCCCCUACCUUGGGAGGGAGUGUUACCUA